AUGCAGCGCUACGAGUUUGUGCUCGCUCUGGCCAACUUCCAAGUGGUGUCCCGCAAUGAAACUGCCAUCGCCAAGGGUAUUUAUCUGUCGCUGCAGAACCGAGGCUACACCGACGACGUGUGCUUCUUUGAUAAUUUCAGCUUUGAAGAGAUCCUCCCACCCCUCAAUCCUCCGUCUGUGGCGGCGCCAUUGCUCGCCGUGGACUUCCCAAUGCGCAACCCGUCGUUCUUGGCGACCUCUCCGCAGGAAGAGGGCACCGAGAUCAGUGCCGACUUUGUGCGGAUGGUCGAGCUGCAGAGCGAUUACCGUGUGAAGGUGAUCCGCAAUUUCCCUGCCACGGGCUACAAGGUCCAGGCUGCAUCGGACGGGGCUGUUUGGUUCUCCCGUGCCCUCCAAGUCUACGAUGAAAGCGUGGCCACGUGCGACUUGACGAUCAAGGCCUUUACGCAAGAUGGCCGUGUGAACACGGGCUUGUCGAAGUUCAAGGCGCCCAAGAACUCAGUGGAGUGGUCCAUCACACUCACCGGCUGGCCCUUCACCGCACCAAACAACAAGCUCCUGCUAGAGUUCGGCCUGUCCAUCUUUGAAAGCGGGCGCAACACCAAUGCCAGUGUCGGCGGCGGCCAGUUCGUCAUCACCAAUGUCACGUAUGUGUCCAGCGAGAAGACAUACCGCUACGCUCUCCACCUGGCCGGCAGCAACGCGUCGACGGUGGUGAACCUGAUCCUCCCGACGGUGGCGACGGUGGACUCAGUCGCGGGCGAAAUCGAAGCGCCGGUGCUGACCACGGCAGCGGCCUUCGCGGCGUACAUCAGCAGCUCCAGCUCGCAGCCCGUCUCAUCAUUGCAGGCUGGCGUGGGAGACACAGUGGAUGUCGUGGUGUUUGUUUUCCCCAGCUUCAAGGACUCGCUCACCUACGACCCCAACGUCGGCUUCCUGCUUACCGGAGUUAUAUUUAUCACGAUGAAGGUCAAGGCCAGUCGCGCGAACCAGGAGGCCUGCGUUCAGUUGGAUCUCCAUGACGAAGCCGGUGACGCUCUCUGA